CACAUUAAAUGCUUGAAGAGAGACUAAAUUCUGUAGCUCGUUUUUUUUUCCGAUGGAAGACCGGAGUAAGAAUAACACGUCACAGCGGCUGCCACCAAUUAUUUUGGACCGAAAACGUAGUUGUUGGGGUAGAUUUUGUGAGAUAAUAGGCAUGGUUUCCCAUCUAGUUGCAAUUUCGUUCACGGGAUUUGUGAUAUAUCUCGCAUGGCCUUUAACAAAUCUGUUUUCAUGGCACCCCAUAUUGAUGUCAAUUGCCUUUGCUUUCUUGAUGUCAGAGUCGAUCAUGUUCUUCUCAUCAGAGAGCACGCUCAUUCCUAAGAUCAAUCGCAAAAGUAAGGUCAGCUACCAUUGGAUCACCAUGACGACGGCCAUAGCUUGUGCCCUGAUCGGAUUUGCCAUCAUCUUCAUAAACAAAGUCCUGCACGACAAGCCUCACUUCAAGUCAUGGCAUGGUACCAUGGGAUUAAUAGUCAUCAUAUACGUUUGCCUGCAGGCCAUCGGCGGGGCUUUUCAACUCUUCCCAAAGUUCACCAACAAGUAUGUGAAGCUGGCUGACCUGAAACUGUACCAUGCCACGUCUGGCCUGUGCCUCUUUGUGCUUGUGAUGACCACCCUUGUGCUGGCACUGUACUCCAACUGGACGCAGAAGAAUACAGGAGAGACAGGAUGGUACUUUCUCCUUGGAUGUCUGAUGUGGUUGACCACAGUUAUCACAAACCAGGUGACAACCGAGUACAUUCCUAGGGCGUUCAAGAAGCCUUCCUCGCAGUAUUAAUCUUGCUUUGCAUUACAAACAAAAUACUCUGAUUUAAACAAGGACUAGAGUUGAGGACAGACGCUAAGUACAUGCUUUCACAAAAUCAUUUAGUGGCAUCAUCAUUGCCCCCCCCCCCUUCCACCAUUAUAGGCCUUCUCUUAUUUUUAAAGCAUCCAAUUCAUAUUAUCCCAUGGGAUGCAACAUGGUUUUGAGAAAGUGAGCAUAACACACAUUUUCCAGAGACCCAAGGCCACUCUCAGGCUUGGUGUUCAACAGGUCAACUAUAAAGUUAGAUACCAUUCUGUGUCUGCUUUACUGCUUCAUGUUAAUUUGUUUAGUUAUUGAUUGGUGCAUGAGAGAAAGUGCCGAGUGUAUUGUCUCCACAUGGUUGCAUACAAAGUUGAGUUGCAUGAACAAAUCCCAAGGUCUGACUAUUGAUGAUCUAGAAAAGCAUGUAUAUGGGCUUAUAAAUGUACAGUGUGCAUGUACUGAAGCCAUUUCUUAUGUGAUACAACUAGUAAGUGGCAAAUUUAAGCCGUCCUUAAAUGUGCUAGUUGUUAUGUGCUUUUUUUAAAAUGUCAAUGAUAUCUAUGCUUGUAGACUAGAGAACAUAUUAGAUUUGUAAGGGCCUGAGUUUAACCCCAUUUGAAACGAUUUUUUUUAUCUUUCAUACCAAAUUAAUGACCAUUUUAGAUAACUAAUUGAUAGAUUGAAAGUAGGAAAAAAAGGUUUGGAUGUGAAAGAUUACAAAUAUUGUUUUUACUUUCGUAAUCUAUAUUAUCAUUCUACCAUUUCUAGUGCUUUGUAAUUUAAUCUUAUCAAAGAGUGGCAAUAAGUGUGUUUGAAUUCUAGUAUUCGUUUUUUUAAAAAUCAAACUUUAAUUUAAGAAUUAUAAUGGAAUGACCAUAUCAGUUACCAAAUAGAAUGGGGGGGGGGGGAUCCCACUUGCAAGAACACUGGAUGCCACAUACAGUAGUUUGAAUCAUUUUGUGUGUACGAGCAGUUGGGGUGUUGCAUAUGUGAUUAUGCAUCUGUGCACUUACAAGAAAUAGGAGAUAAUUCCACAAAUUACUGAAUACUGAUAUGUUUAUAAUUAUCAAUUUUGUUUGAAAAAACUCAGCAUUUGUCCAGCUUUUUGUCCAGAGUGCAUUCUACAGCUAAAGUUAAAUUUACAGUUAAUAAAGAAAAUCUUGAAAUGACUUGUAUAGUGAAAUACUUGUUUGUGUUCUUUUAAGUUAUCAUAGAUAUUUCCUCUCUAUAAAGGUCACUUUCGUAUACUGGUUAACACUCUCCCUGGUUACUGGUUAAUACUCUCCCUGGUUACUGGUUAAUACUCUCCCUGGUUACUGGUUAAUACUCUCCCUGGUUACUGGUUAAUACUCUCCCUGGUUACUGGUUAAUACUCUCCCUGGUUACUGGUUAAUACUCUCCCUGGUUACUGGUUAAUACUCUCCCUGGUUACUGGUUAAUACUCUCCCUGGUUACUGGUUAAUACUCUCCCUGGUUACUGGUUAACACUCUCCCUGGUUACUGGUUAAUACUCUCCCUGGUUACUGGUUAGUGGUUACCCAUGUUCAUCUCACACGAUGGAGUGUGUUGUAAAACCUGUCUGCAAAGGCCAGUUAUCUAGAGUGGUCUGACUCACUUGGGUCUCCAUGUUAUGCCUGUAAGGCCGUAUGACUGUAAUCUAAAUUGGAUGCUAAUAUCACUCAUCAUUGAUUGAUGUGUCAGUGCUUUUUUCAUCAUGGUAUUAUUUUAUUUCAGUGUUACAACUUGUAUUACAUUCAGUCAAAAGUAAUCAAAAUGCAAUUGGGGUUUUCAGUAAUAUGAAUCAUGUUAUGUACAGGUAUUUCAUUCAAAGAACAUACAAAUGAAAUUUUUGUUAACUAAAUGUUCAAGAAAAUAUAUAUUUUUGAUCUGGUCACUUUUCCAUUUGUCAUGAAUUCUAUACCAAAAAAAUUGUUCUUGUACUUGCCAGCUUCAAUGUAAUAUCUAGUUUAGAGGUGAAAAAUAGAUUAGAAAACAUAUCUGUAUCCAUCGAUUUGCAAUUAUGACAUAUGAUAGAUAACUUUAGGCAUGAUUUUAGAGCCCUUUUACAACAAGAGAUGACAUCACGUUUUAUUUCAGAAUGCCAAGUCAGUCCCGUAUAUGGUAUUUCGACACACUGCAAAACUAAUCAAAUAUCAAAAUGCAAUGAUUUGACAAAACACUACAUUUUGAAUAUCAAUUCCUAUUUUAACUGAUUUCAUGUGCAGAAUCCAAAAGUAAAUUAAAGUUGAUUUUUUUUGUACUCUUGAAUCUUGUUCACCAAAGCAACUUUGCUCAUGCAUGUACAGUAUCAUAACUUCUAAACAUUCCUAUGAUCAUGCCUUAGAGGGCGCCAUUCAAUGUUCUGAACCAGAACCAUUAAUUUUAUAUACAGAGUUUAGCCAACAUGGUUUCAUUUAGACUCAGGAUGGCAUAUAUAAUGUUUCUUUUCUAUUUGCCCAUGUUGUGUCAAAUCGGCCAAAAUUCUGUGUUCAGAUUGCUCCCAAAUGGAGCUUUUAAAUAUAAUUGUAUUGGGAUAAUAGUUAAUACAGUAUUCAUUAUUUUUCAGGAGAGAGAAUGGAACAACAAAAAGGAAUAACAAUUCCAAAACACUAUACAAUGAAUGUGGUAACUCAUGAAGUAUCUUUCUAUGUAUGUUCACCAAUGAUUUUUAACAAAAUCUUUCCAUUUCACUCCUUGAUUAUAUUUUUUUUGCCCAUGCAUUUUAAUUCUUAAUAUUAUCUGAUGUAAAGCCAAGCUAUAGCUAUGCGCUGAAAUAAAGUGAAUAAUCAAAUGAUUGCUUUGUCAUUUGAUAUCAUUACUAAA